UUGAUUUUUUCUAAAAAACAAAUUUUUUUGCCAUGCAGACUCAUUUGGAAGAAUCUGGCAAGUUUGAAAUUCAAAAACACAUCGAACACUUGUUAUUCUCCCGCUUGAAUUCUGCAUUGUGUGCUGCUAAUAAACAUCAUCAAUGGCGACUGCACAUCGAAACCUCACCGAAACAGAAGAGGAUGUAGCCGAAGCUCUUGAACUAGGAACCUUCACUGGAAUAGCAAAACUUGAAGGCAAUGGGAUCAGCGGUGGAGAUAUCAAGAAAUUGGAAGAAGCAGGGUAUCACACCGUAGAAUCAGUAGCCUAUGUCCCCAAAAAAACCCUCAUCACCAUCAAAGGAAUCAGUGAGGCCAAGGCAGAUAAAAUUAUUACCGAAGCUCAAAAGUUGGUUCCUAUGGGUUUCUCUACUGCCACUGAAUAUCAUCAAAAGCGUGCUGAGCUUGUUCAAGUAACUACAGGAUCCAAAGAGCUUGACAAACUGCUUGGAGGUGGAAUAGAAACAGGGAGCAUCACAGAAAUAUUUGGAGAAUUCCGAACCGGAAAAACUCAAUUGUGCUUAACAUUGGCAGUCACUUGUCAGUUGCCGAUUGACCAUGGAGGUGCUGAAGGAAAAUGCUUGUACAUCGACACUGAGGGAACCUUCCGGCCGGAACGUUUACUGGCUGUAGCUGAACGAUAUGGCUUGUCUGGCUCAGACGUCUUGGACAACGUUGCUUGUGCCAGAGCAUACAACACUGAUCAUCAAUCCCAGCUUCUCAUUCAAGCUUCAGCUAUGAUGGCCGAGUCACGUUACUCACUGUUGAUUGUCGAUUCGGCCACAGCGCUCUACAGGACUGACUAUUCAGGAAGAGGAGAACUAUCUGCCCGCCAAAUGCAUCUUGCUCGAUUUUUGCGCAUGCUCCUUCGACUUGCUGAUGAGUUUGGUGUGGCGGUAGUUAUUACCAACCAGGUAGUCGCUCAAGUCGAUGGGGCUGCUAUGUUUGCUGCUGACCCUAAGAAGCCAAUCGGGGGAAAUAUUAUGGCACACGCAUCUACUACUCGGCUUUACUUGCGGAAAGGUCGUGGAGAAACAAGAAUUUGUAAAAUCUACGAUUCGCCAUGUUUGCCAGAAUCUGAAGCGAUGUUCGCAAUUCUACCUGAUGGAAUCGGCGAUAGCAAGGAAUAACCUCACCAUUAGAACUACUUAUCUUCUGUUAACAACCUCCUUGUAUACAUUUUAAGAUACAUUCUCCUUCUUAUUCCUUUUUUAAUGUUCAGUUCGUAAGUUCCACAACACAGAAUGUGAAUUUGCCUCGGUUUCAGGAACAGGAAGUCAGUGAACACACGUAUCUACAAUUGUACAUGAAAACAAUACGGUUUUUGUCCCACUUUGAGUUAUUAAAGCAAUCCAUCGUAUUUUUGUUCUACAAAUUUCGAGAUUUAAAAAUGUAAGUAUUUGUCAAUUAAAUAUGUGCUUGAACUUUAAUACAAACCUUUCAUUUCGACACGGA